CAAAAGGACUGGAAAGAUGCUGUGUUUCACAACCAUGUUAAAAGGCUUACGAAGGGCUGGAUUUUCAAAGGGUGCAUCUUUACUACGAUCUUAGCAAAUUCCCUUUUCAUGGCGUUUGAAACGGAUUACCAAAUGAAGAUCAAAUUUUAUGUUUUCUUUGAUGUGGCUGAACAGUUUUUCUUGGCAGUUUACACAGUGGAGUUCUUAGCAAAACUUUAUGUCGACCCAAUCAAAUAUUGGAAGAUUGGUUUCAAUGUGUUCGAUUUCAUCGUGCUCAGCCUAUCCUUUAUCCAGCGCUUCCUCCAUCAGAAAUAUAAGCGCUCUAUGUAUUGGCUUCAUGUAGUGCAGCCCCUUAGAAUACUCAAGACCAUCUCGUUUAUAGAUGGCCUGCAGGUUCUGUCUACUGCCUUGGUCAGUACAUUGAAGAGUGUUUUCUACGUCCUGUUCCUCCUCUUCCUGCUGAUGAUGGUUUUUGCACUGAUUGGAUAUUAUUUCUAUGGACGGCAAGGUGAUGGUGAUCAAAAAAACUGGGGUAACCUUAGAUCUGCAUUCUUCACACUCUUCAGUUUAGUAACGUUGGAUGGCUGGACUGAUCUUCAGGCUGAAACAGACAAACUUGGCUUCAUAUCAAGCCGAAUUUUCAUAAUUGGUUUCAUUUUGCUGGGAUGCUUCCUCUUCUUCAACCUCUUCAUUGGAGUUGUCAUUAUAAAUAUACGGGAAACGACUAAAGAAUUUAAUAAAGGGGUCCAAGCUGAACGGGAAACCAUUUUGAUCCAAAAAAAACAAGCUAUAUUACAGAGACAGGAAUCUCAUAUCUCAAAUUUAAUGGAGAAACAGAAAACCAGCCAAUUUGAAAGUUUCAGUGAAAUGGUAGAGAAGUUCAAACAUACCCUGCGACAUGAUGAUUACGUUUUGAUGGAUGAUUUAUGUUCAAGCCUGUCAUUCAUAGAUAUUUACCUCGCGAGUCUUGAUGAACAGGACAAUACUUUGUACAAGUUACAACAACUUUACUUUGAAACAGCAUAUGUUCUGGGUAACUUGUUGGAAGUUGAUCGUUACCAAGAACGCUUUGAAAAGAAGGAUGUAGAUGAGAACCCUUAG